CUCGCGAAAGUAAGAUUUUAUUGUGCAAAGAAAAUUUAGUGAAUAUUUAAACCGACGUUAUUAACGGCUUCUAUUUGUAAUGAAUUAAGAGUACAUUUAUGUUGUGUUUAUACAAUAAAAAAAGCAGUACUCCAAAAAUUUAUAAUUAUAAUUUAAACUGGUCUUUAACUGUAAUAGUUUAAAGACCGCCGUUGGUGUAACUUUAUUUAUAAUUAAAUAUUAAACCACCAAACAACCAAGAGAAAAUAAAUAAGCUAUUGUCUAACAUGGUCAACGCGUAUACCCAAAUAAUCGAUAACAAUUUGUUGGAAAACAUUUAUAUUAACAAAACAAAUAAUUUAGCGCAAACAGUUUUGCGUCGUACCCGCUAUUGUAUAAAGAAGGAUAAAAUUGAGAAAGUGAAGAAAAUCAGAUCUAUAAGACAUAUGAAAAUGACUACAGCUGUGACAGUGCCUUGGUUCGGAGCCUAAAGGGUUAAGGAUUUCAGUUGGAGCUCGUGACGAGUUCAAAUUCUUUUCAAAAUGGUUGCUCAAAAGAUCAACGUCAGUCCGCAAGGAGGCGACGAUAUCGGAAUACAAUACGACUACAUCGAAAGACAUGGUUUUUUCGCAAACGAGUCACAAAACUCGCAGUUUAUUGAAAGUAAUAGAGAUAGAUCGGUUAAAGUCCGGAAAGAACCUGAAGGUAAACCGUCCUUACGGAGUUGUGACCGACCUAAGAACGGAAACAGCACUCUCUUCUCCAACGACACCAUCAACGCCAUCAACGCCUACAACGCCACCGCUAACUACAAGCUAUUCAGAGGAAUUUCUCAAACCGGAGCCCGUGUAUCAAAGUACGAUGCAGGAUUUGGAUGCAGAGUUCUUCCAAGAUUUGAUUCAGUGGUGCGAAGACACACCUACCGAGCAAGUAGUAGUACAGUCCAUUGAUCCAACAAAAACAACAGACACGAGGGCACACACCACCGACACACAGCACACACAAUUCCCACCGCUGGUUUGGGAUGUAAUUGAUAGUAACUCUCCUAUAGCUCAAUCGAGCUCAUUCAACCCGACACCACCUAGUUUUCCCGACUCACCAGUCGGGAACGGCAUGGCAGCGUUCAACACAGAUUUCUUCGGUUCCCCGACCUUCAUGAAUGAGGAGCGACUAACGUUCCAGGAACAAUUUUUAGAUAUAGAUAAGCUGCCUGUUGUAAUAGGGGAUCUAGCGUCUGAAACUAUGGCCGACUCGAAUCCGUGGUUAAGUACGGAACCGGUAUGGCAUAACACAUACGAUUACAUGAAACCACAUACAGAUAUACACACAAUGCCCUUCAUCGAUCAAGAGGACUCACUGGACAUGAAAAUGAUGUCCGUAAUACCACGGGAGGUAGAAAAUGAUGUGGUGAUAUCGGAAUAUAUCCUUAGUGAGGCACCGCCUCGGCCCUCGUUGGCCUUAGACGUGGCUGCCAGGCCGUGGACAAACGACGUCAUCAGCACGCCAGAGGUCCUCACAUACGUCGAGCAACUUGAGAAAGAAAAAGUUCCUUCCGUAAGCUCGGCCCCGAUAUCACCAUCUCAAUACACUUCAUCCCCUGCGCCAAGUUGCGCAAAAUUGGAAAAUUCUCCGUCGGCCGAAUAUGAACCCAUCACUCCAAAGAGCGAACCUCCGUUGGACUCGGAAGAAGACAACAAGUUGAGAACGAGCAAGAGGCAACGGCGCGACAGCGAAGAAUCGGACGAGUCGUAUACACCGUACGAACAAACUCGGCGAUAUAAACGUCGGAAGCCCAGCAUACCCAUCAAGGAUAUGAUACGCGCGCUGGAAGGGUCACAACAGCUGACGAAGGCGCGACGCGGGCGACCCCCCAAAAGGAGGGAAAGCACAAUCUCCAACGUUAGCGAAAACUCCUCGUCUGUUUCUACGCACGAAAUAAAGUACAGAGAGCUCAGAGAUAAGAACAAUGAAGCCUCAAAACGAUCCAGAAUGAACAGAAAGCUCAAAGAACUCCAGAUGGAACAGUUGGCUAGCGAUCUCGAAGAGCGUAACAAGAAGCUAAGAGUUCGAGCUGAUCUGCUCGAAGAAAUGACUAAAAAACUGAGGGAAGCUUUCAUGGCGGCGGUCGCGAAGAGCAAAGUUGGUUAACUGUUUUUCGGAACUUUUACGGCUUUCAAUGAUUUUGUCUUACGCUUAGCGUUGAUCUUUGUUUGCUUCGCGGGCAACUAGAUUAGUAGACACAGGCCCAGACAAAUGUUCUGAGCGUAGUUAUAUCGUUUUUAUUUCGCUUUGUAUUUUUUUUAAACCGGAUAUGACAUUUUUAAUACAGGACUUGACGUUUUAGAUUAUAAGAAUUACAUUUUAAGAAUAUAAUUACUUAACACUUUAUUAUAUUUUUAACGAGAAGUGUUAAGGUCUUGAUUUAAUUUAAUUUGUAAGUCUUUAUCGAGGCAUCUUUGAAACUCGAAUUUAAUGUUAAAUAAAAAAAAAUCAAUUAAUAUUAAUUAAUCUACAAUUGGUUAGUUUUUGAGAUAACGCAUGGUAAUUGAUCGCGGUAGACUUAUGUUUUGUUGUACUUGAAAUAAAUGUUUUCAACUUGUUGAA